AUGGUUUCCAGCUACAUUACGAGAAUUUAAAGAACACGGCGUAACGUCAAAUGUGGCUCUUAUCUUGUUAAGCCAGGUGUUCGUAGCCGUUCUCACAAUCUGUGUGGUUCCAACGUGUGUGUCGGCCCCCAGCAUUCCUGUUGCCAUCCUGACCCCCAACAUGAUGGCGCUGGGAGGCACAGCUGACUGGAACACCCGGCGUCCAGAACUGGGAGAAAUCAGUGUCUGUUGCGCGUAAGCCGCCCGGUGUGCGCUUUUGUGAUGCCAGCCCCGGGGCACUAAGGGAGGCCGCCUGGGGCCCCAAUGCAGGAAGCGUCCGUGGGGCUUCUGUUACCUUUCUUCUGCUGUGUUUCUCUCCGUUCACCUUAGUCUCCCCGAAUGUUUUGUCAGGAAUCUCCAUGCGAAAAAACAGCAAAUAGGAUUACUCUGAAGUGUAGGGUGAUAUUUUUGUCCUUGUGAGUCAUCUCCAGCUGCGAGGCAUCAGAGAAGCUGGCAGUCAGGGGCCAUCCUAAUCCACGUUCGAGGCCCGACACCCCCCGGGCUCCGGGGCAGUGGGAGCUUAGCUGCACGUUCGUGCCGGGGCUGGCUGGUUUACCUGUGUCCACCUUCCCCACGGGGCUCACCAAGGGCCGGGUGGUGGCUCAUCAGGGGUCAGUCCUUAGACCUGGCAAGACACGUGGCUUUAUCUUUCCUUCACCUUCCGCAUCUCGCUUGUUUUGGUGUUAGAACCCUUGGAAGCCGACUGGCGAAGCCAUUGGAAAUGUAGUGUGCCCAUUCCACCCCCACCCCCGGGGGAUCCUGCCGGCCGCCUCCCCUUGGAUUUCAGGGUCUCAGACGGAUCCAGCCAAGCCCUCUGCCCUCUGCUCCCAGCCACGGUUAAAGACCAGGGUCUCUGGCCUUCCCAGACUGAGCAAGGGAGAGCGUUGAAUCCCCAGUGGUGUCAGUGGUUUGACCGGCGUUAGGAUGCCCAUUCUGGAACCGCCCAACAGAAGGAAGCAGACAGAAGCAGGGGUCGGCACGGCAGUGUUGACGCUCCUCGGGGCCCAGUCCCCAUUCUCCAGCGCAUCGGGGCAGGGCACAGGGGCCACCACUGAAUAAUAAUGCCACCCCCUCGGGAAAUGUCACCACCUUGCAAGGAGACAGGCCAGCGUGGUGUCUUGGUGGUCAGUGGCCGCCCACAGUGACCCACGCAGAGACAUUUGAACGGGUUUACAUGGGCCGGAGGGACUGCGCAGACCCGGGCCCCGCGGCAGGUGUGCUGGUGCAGACUUCCGGAAGAUGGGGAGCGUCCUGCUCACUGCUCUUCUGACGUCGGUCUCAGCGCCUUGCGCCCAGGCUGUGUGGCUGGGAAGGCUGGACCCGAGGCAGCUUCUGGGGUCCUGGUACGUUCUCGCCGUGGCCUCCGGUGAGAAGGGCUUUGCGGUGGAGAAGGCCACGAAGAACAUCGAGGGUGUCGUGGUGACCCUUACUGCAGAAAACAAUCUGAAAAUGCUGUCCUCCAGACACAGGCUGGAGAGGUGUGACGUGGGCACGGUGUUGCUGCGGAGACAGAACUCUGGAUGGGUGUUUGAGAACCCCUCCCUGGGCGUGUUAGACUACCGGGUACUGGGCACCGACUUCAGGGACUACGCCAUCGUCUUCACCCAGCUGGAGUUCAAGGACGAGGCCUUCAGCACCGUGGAGCUCUACAGUCGCACGGAGCUGGCCAGCCAGGAGGCCGUGCGCCUCUUCACCAGGUGGAGCAGGGGCCUGGGCUUCCUGUCCCAGCAGCAGGCCGCGCUGCAGCGGGACCGUGAGUGUCCCCCGGGGCCGCCCCCAUGCCCAAGAGCCGGCUCACUUCCGCUGGUCUCGGGGAGCCUCCCGGUCUCAGUGAGUCAGGCAGAACUGGGGGGGGCGGGUGGUUAGUUCUUCAAGGAGUCACCUGCUCCCUGGCCCAAGUCAGGCCGGCAGGGGAGGCCCCGUCUCGGAUGAGGUCGUGGGCCCGUCCUCACGCCUCCCCUUGUCCCCCCAGUCACCUGCACGCACAAGGCCUUCCAGGUAAGCUGGCUUCCCGAGCAUCACCCCGCGUCCUACACCCCAGUGCUCUGCAGCCGUGAAGGGCCAGGGACCGGGGUGGAGGCAGAUGCCCCUCGGGGUGAACCUGGGGUCCCCCAGUGCUCUUCCUGGUUUUCAGUGAAUGCUUCGGCCUCCAGCGGGGACAGUGCCCACCGUGUCCGGACCAGGCCGGCCAGGCGCUGGCAACCUGCUCAGCCACCUGGGUGCUGGGUGCUGAGUGCUGGGUGCUGGGCAGGUGCUCCCAGGGACU